UGCUACGACCUGACCGAUGCCAAGGUCUUCCUCUGCCCCCCCAGCCUGGCCCGAAAGCGGACAUGGAACAAGAAAUACCCCAUCUGCAUCCUCCUCCCUGAUGCAGCGGACGUGGAGCGCAGGAGCAGCGAGGAGCAGGACGCGGAGCUGCAGAGGGAUGAAGGGAUGAAGAAGGCACCAGCGACAGGCCAGGAUGUCCCUGGGGACUGCAGGGAGAGGUGCCUGUACCUCUUCGGGCGGACGGGAAGGGAGAAGGAGGAGUGGUACCAGCACCUCGUGCGAGCCUCCCGCGGGACACCCAGCAGCAGCCACGGCGAAGCCAGGGCAGGUGAGAAGCAGCCGUCGUGGCCUCUGCUCUGUGCCGGGACGGAGCCGGGGUGCAGAGGCGGCGGAGGGAGCGCCGAGGACAUCCCCUCCACUGUCCCACCCAAGGACCUGGCAGGAAGCGUCCGAGAGAAGAUUUUCCUGGAUUACAGCACCUACAUGGCCCGAUUUGUGCCAGCGCAGGUGGGGGGCAGCCUGGACUGGAGCCCCUCUCAUGGAGCACUGGGCAGCCCCACACCCACAAAGCUCGACGAGGACACGGCUGGGCACAGCGAGGUGUGCAUGGCCUGGAUGAACGCGCUGGUGGGGCGCAUCUUUUGGGACUUCCUCCGGGAGCCUUACUGGGCUGAGCAAGUGUCCAGCAAGAUCCAGAAGAAGUUGAGCAAGAUCAAGCUUCCGUAUUUCAUGAAUGAGCUGAUGCUGACGGAGCUGGACAUGGGCACAUCCAUCCCCUCAGUCCUCAGUGCCUCCAACCCCACCAUCAAUGACCAAGGUCUCUGGGUGGACAUGGAAGUCACCUACAGCGGCUCGUUGCAGAUGACGCUCGAAACAAAGAUGAACCUUUGCAAGCUGGGGAAGGAGAGCACUGCAGAGGAGAGCGACCCGGCAGAGGCAGGCAGAGAGGGGCCACGUCUGAUCCUGCUGGCAGACAGCGAUGCAGAGUCGUCCAGCGCUGGCUCCUCCGACGAAGACGACAUCACCGCUGCAGAGCCCACAGGAGCCCUGGGGGAGCGGGUCCCGCCGCCUGGCGCCGAGGGCCAUGUCAGCGGCAACAGCACGAGCCGGAAGAUCCUGCGCUUGGUGGAUAAGAUCGCCAAGUCCAAGUACUUCCAGAAGGCCACUGAAAAUGAGUUCAUCAAAAAGAAGAUCGAGGAGGUUUCCAACACACCGCUGCUGCUGACGGUGGAGGUGCAGGAGCUGGCAGGCACCUUGGCUGUGAACAUCCCACCACCUCCAACGGACCGUGUCUGGUACAGCUUCCGAGUCCCACCCCAGCUGGAGCUGAAGGUGCACCCGAAGCUGGGCGAGCGGGAGGUGACAUUCCUUCAUGUCACUGAGUGGAUCGAGAAGAAGCUGCAGCACGAAUUUCAGAAAAUUUUGGUGAUGCCAAACAUGGACGAUCUUAUCAUUCCCAUCAUGCGCUCUGGCCUGGAUCCUCAGCCACCCAGGGACCUACCAGCCAAGGGAGAGAAGAGGCUGUGA